ACAUUUCUUCCUCCCCAUCCCUUCUUCCCCUUCCCGCGGCCCUGUGGCCAUGGAUGACGCCCGGAAACUGCUCGACUCACUCAUGGGCCCGUCCCGCAACGCGGACGAGAAGGAGCGGGCGCGGCAGGAUGGCUGGAAGGAUAAGAGUGUGUGCAAGAGGUAUCUCGUCGGCUUCUGCCCUAACGACGCCAACGACAACUGGUUCAAGUUUAAGAGCAGGGGCAGAGACCAAGGAUUGUGCUACAAGGUGCACUCGGAGGCGCUCAAGAGGCAGUUCGAGGCGCACAGCGAGAGGGAUAGGUACCAGAGGGAGUACGAGAAGGAGUUCCUGUCGCAUCUGGAAAACCUUGUGAGCGAGGCGGACGCGUGGAUCGCCAGAGAAAAGAAAAAUUGCAGGCCCGCGGGCAUGGAGACGCGCAUCCCCAUUCACCUGAAGUUCAAUAUGGACCAGCUGAAGAAGGAUGCGGAGGAGUGCGUGAAGAGGGCAGAGGAGCUCGCCGAGAAGGGCGACGUAGAGGGAAGUAAGCGCGCACUGGCGGACUCGGACCGGGUUAAGCAGGACAUCGUCGACAUUUGGGCCAGGUUCACAUUUCAGACGGCGGGCGAGACCGUCUGCGAGGUGUGCGGCAUUCGCUGCCAGCCAGACGAGCCCGUGGACUACGAGGCGCACCUGCAGGGCAAGCUGCACAGGGGCUACCUGCGGAUACGCGAGAAGGUGGAGGAGCUGAGAGCGAAGAAGAGGCCGACAGCGACGCCGAGUCUCCGUCCUGAUUUCCUGUUGCGACGCGAGCAUGCCUGGGGAUCGCGCUCCAGAGUCCAACCGCGGGGGCGCGGAACCAGGCGUGCUCGCCGCCCGUGCCCCCCCCGGCCCUCCGGGGGGCCGCCGCGGGCCGCGGGCCGAGACCCCGGGAGGAGGCGCCGCCGGAGGACGAGAACUGAGGGGCUCGCGGCCCGGCGUCGUGCUCCUCCCGCCUGCCCUCGGAGGCGUCCAAGCGAGGUGUCUCCUCCCCCCUCCCUCCCUCCCUCCCUCCCUCCCUCCUCCUCCUGCUCCC